CGUGUUUUUGUUUCGGUAUGAGCCACGGCCGGUCACGUAUAGGCACGGUGUGGUUUGUCUUCUGUUCUCCCCUGCUGAAGUUGAGAACGUCUCUUCUUGCUGUGCCCUGAUGACUCUGUAUCACUAUGCACAAUGAAACAUGCCGGAUGGAGGUUCAUUAUCGUCGUUGUUCGAGUUUAUGGCCCUGAACGGCUUCCCACAAGUUCCUCAGAGCGUGAACGUUCAAGCAUCUGUCGGCCCAUGCGAUAUAUCGUUGAGCAAUGUUGUGAACCAGAGUGUGUCAUUUCUUCUCACUAGCCGGGGUUUUUCACCAAAAGAUUUCAAGUUUUCGUCCAACUGCGUAGCCAUCUUGGUACUGGGGUGGGCAAUCGCGAGGUACAAUCUCACCGAACUGCUGCUGGAAUGUGCUCUUUCAAAUGUAGAGCAACACAAAAGAGCCUCUUUGGCUGGGCCAGAAUCUGAAUGUAUGCCCCUUGGUGACGUGAAAGCUGUUUGCGACAAACUUUCAUGGAUUGUUGGUAGGCUUCGACUGAUGUUGAAGAGCCUAGCAGUGGAAGAGCUUCAUCAAGCUCAUCUGCUGCAUCAGGUACACCAGCGAACACAAGGACUCUGCAUAUCUGCUGAUGCGGACCACUUGACAAUGUCACAGAUAGACAACCUUACGUGUGUGGAAGAUGUUGAAAAAUUUCUUUGCAGAAUUCAACAUGGUCAUCUGGUGAUAUCGAGCUACUUAAAAUGGAAGGAGGGGGAAUCAACAUUUUGGACCUGGAUGGAGUCUCUCUGCACAAAAGCGGAACUUCCAGACGAGUUCACAGAAUUUUUGUCCCUUGUACAGCACCUGCUUUCGGGUCCCGAUCUCCAUGUGCGAUUGCCACGAGCAUCACAUUCGCCAGGUUCGGAUACUACAAUACAGAAAGUCACCGGUAGUUUGAAGAAACAGCUUGGUUCCAUAGACGCAGAAUUGGAGAGGCUACGACACGAAUCAAGGGAGGCACUGACACAACUUGGCUUUUCGUGUGAGGUGGCAACUUUUAUGCCAUCAAUUUUUUAACACUUUUGACAAAUAAACUAGCUGGCAUUAAAAGUUUGCUUAUUUUA